AUGGCCGGGGAUUCCAAUUCAUCCACCCCCAGCAGCUCCGGCAAAGCAUCAGCCUGUUCUCUACCGCCAGAGAAGGUCUUCUCCAUCCAGAUUGGCUCCGAGCUGUUUCGUCUUUCCGGAGCCUCGAUUGCCUCGGACGCACCCUCCUACUUCUCGCGCUUCUUCGAAGAGCAAUUGCGCGUGUCCGAUCCCUCCAAUGUUCGAACUCUCUACAUUGAUCGCGACCCGGCCAUCUUCCAGGAGAUCGCCCGCCACCUCCAAGGCUAUCAUGUUCGACCUCGAGAUGGCGCCGAGUUCGUCAAGCUAUUCGCCGACGCGCAGUUCUACACCUUACCCCGAUUAAUGUCCCAACUAUUCGAGUCCGAGAUCGUCAUUCAGAUCGGCGACCGCCACUUCCAGAUCCCCCGUAGCAUCUUCUCCAGCCCCGGUGACUCCCCGAACUUCUUUACCCUCGGCUUUGGCGCCUUCUUUGCCUCUCCAUCCGAGGUCUUCCCCGGCCUAGAUCGCGUUGGGCUUCUUCGACCUCCGGCGAUCGUCCCUCCCAGCGUCCCCAACCGGUCCGCCGAUGUGUUUGCAGAACUCCUUCACCUUCUGCGUGGAUACCCGCUGCAUAUUCGUAAUGCGGACCAUCGCGCAGAGCUGCUCCGUGAUUGUCGCUAUUUCCACCUCCGAGGGCUGGAGCAAAAGUUGAUUCCCCACCACAUCAGCUUCAAUCCCUUCCGCCAGCGCUCAGAGAUUAUCAUUCGCCUGGAAGACGUACGGCCGUCAGGCAUUCAUUUCGCUCCUGAUCCUACCUCUCGAACGGGGGUGGGGUCGGUCCUGUACGCUCGCCCCUUUGUCGACGAUAAUCCGGUCGACCUGGUUCUGGAGAUCGCAGACGAGUCUACACUGAUCAACGGUACAACCCAUCGGGCGGAUUUCAUCGGGCUAGCCAAGUCCCGCAUGGCCAGCUUGCUACAAGUGGUGGGUAAAAAGAUGAAUCUCUCUGAUACGCAGCUGGGCAACAUCCCAACGAAGAUUCUCUGGGGACCAGCGACGGACAUCAUGAUCGAUGACGAUGAUUUGCCUCCGGCCAAGCGUCAGCGGUCAGAUGAAUCUCACAAUGAGGCCUGGGUCGUUCGAACUGGGCAAUGGCGGCUGCAGGUACAGCCAGACAACAACGGCGCGUACGAGGCGGUCUUGCUCGCGGUCAAGUUGGACGUGUGGACGGCUGCACGGGUGCGAAACCGGCAUCAAAAUUUUCUUUAA